CUACCUGUUCAAGAUAUGGAUAUCAAAAAUUCACCAUCUAGCCUUAACUCUCCUGCUUCCUACAACUGUAAUCAGUCUGUCCUACCCCUGGAGCAUGGCCCCAUAUAUAUCCCUUCUUCUUAUGUAGAGAGCCGCCACGAGUAUUCGGCCAUGACCUUCUACGGUCCGGCUGUGAUGAAUUACGCUAUUCCCAGUGGAGCCAGUAACUCGGAGGGUGGGCCUGGUCGACAGACUGCAAGCCCAAAUGUGCUAUGGCCAACCCCAGGACACCUUUCUCCUUUAGCCAUCCAUUGCCAGUCAUCCCUUCUGUAUGCAGAGCCUCAAAAGAGUCCUUGGUGUGAAGCAAGAUCACUAGAACACACCUUACCUGUAAGCAGAGAGACGCUGAAAAGGAAGGUUAGCGGGAGCAGUUGUGCCAGCCCUGUUACUAGUCCAAGUUCAAAGAGGGACGCUCACUUCUGCGCCGUCUGCAGCGAUUAUGCGUCUGGAUAUCACUAUGGAGUCUGGUCGUGUGAAGGAUGUAAGGCCUUUUUUAAAAGAAGCAUUCAAGGUCACAAUGAUUAUAUCUGUCCAGCUACGAACCAGUGUACCAUCGAUAAGAACCGGCGUAAAAGCUGCCAGGCUUGCCGUCUCCGGAAGUGCUACGAAGUAGGAAUGGUCAAGUGCGGCUCCCGGAGAGAGCGAUGUGGCUACCGCGUGGUGCGGAGACAGCGGAGUUCCGGCGAGCAGCUGCUCUGCCUCAGCAAAGGCAAGAAGGCGGGUGGGCACGUGCCCCGGGUGAAGGAGCUGUUGCUGAGCACCCUGAGCCCAGAGCAGCUCGUGCUCUCCCUCCUGGAAGCGGAGCCCCCCAACGUGUUAGUGAGCCGCCCCAGCUCGCCCUUCACUGAGGCCUCGAUGAUGAUGUCCCUCACCAAGCUGGCUGACAAGGAACUGGUGCACAUGAUCGGCUGGGCCAAGAAAAUUCCGGGCUUCGUGGAGCUCAGCCUGUUGGACCAGGUGCGGCUCUUGGAGAGCUGCUGGAUGGAGGUGUUGAUGGUGGGCCUGAUGUGGCGCUCAAUCGACCAUCCCGGCAAGCUCAUCUUUGCUCCAGACCUCGUUCUGGACAGGUCGUCCGAAGACCCUCACUGGCACGUUGCGCAGACGAAGAGUGCUGCCCCAAGGGAUGAGGGGAAAUGCGUAGAAGGAAUUCUGGAAAUCUUUGACAUGCUCCUGGCAACAACUUCAAGGUUUCGUGAGUUAAAACUCCAGCACAAGGAGUAUCUGUGUGUCAAGGCCAUGAUCCUUCUCAACUCCAGCAUGUACCCUUUGGCUACAGCAAGCCAGGAGGCUGAGAGCAGCCGGAAGCUGACUCACCUGCUGAACGCCGUGACGGACGCUCUGGUGUGGGUGAUUGCCAAGAGCGGCAUCUCAUCGCAGCAGCAGUCCAUCCGCCUGGCCAACCUGCUGAUGCUCCUGUCUCACGUCAGGCACAUCAGUAACAAGGGCAUGGAACAUCUGCUCAGCAUGAAGUGCAGAAAUGUGGUCCCGGUGUAUGACCUGCUGCUGGAGAUGCUGAACGCUCACACGCUCCGAGGGUACAAGUCCGGCUCCGAGUGCAGCUCAGCAGAGGACAUUAAGAGCAAAGAGGGCGCCCCGAACCCCCAGGCUCAGUGAUGCCCAGCUCUGAGGUGAACCGCCCACAGAGGAGGUCGAAGGUGAAGCCGUGAACUCCAGCAGGUCGGGAUGGAGGCCACGUCAUCUUCCGCUGAGCCGUCCUUCCUUUGGUUACGGCGGCCGUAGCCAUGCGCCCCUUACGUCCCCACUUCCCAGGAGUCAGGGAGGGAGGGUCAUAGUUACCCUUGUGCCCAGGGGGGUAUCCGAAGGCAGAGCUCCAACUUGUAUAGCCUUAUAAAGAUGUCAGUGCGGCUCUUUUCUUACUUUCCAUCUCUCUUUCACCCCCUUGGAAAAUAUCUUAAAAAUAUGUUUGGAAUGA